AUGGCAGAAGAAGUUCUUCGUUUUGUUGUGGAUCAUCUUCUUAAGCCUAUUGGAGUAGAACUAUCCGUAAAUGAUAUGUUAGAGGCUGCUGAAUCAAAUGAUGAUGUUGUUACAUCAUUGAAAACUGCAUUAUAUCAAUUUAUUGCGUCAAUAAUCUUUGCUAAUAAAACUGCUGCGAGAAAUUGGGUCAAAAAGGCAGAUAUUAAUCAAGCUACUGAUAUUUUAAGGCUUAUGGGCUUCGAUCCAUUCUUAUUUAAUUUAGAUGUUCAUUCUCAGCAUGUAUUAUUGACAAUAUGCUGGUUAAUAUGGCGCAUGGAUCUCUUUAAAACACUCUACGACCCUUAUAUCCCUGAAGCUGAUAUUCCAUAUCUCCCUCCUUACGGGGAAUUCCUCACUGACCCAACAAUACAAUCACCAAGAUCUCUUAAAAAGCCACCAACAGAUCAUGACUCUCUUACAAGGCGAAUUUCAAGAUUAUACUCGAAAAUUUCAUCCGAAUUACACGAGCUUAGUGAUUUAGAAAUGCAACGUGAGACAUUUAACUGGGGAAUACGCACAUUAGAUCAAGAAUCAUCUCUGUACUCUCUAAGUUUGAAAGCGAAUAUUCCAUUACUUACAGCUCAUACAGAAGCUCUCAAUAGAGCAAUUAAUAACUCAUCUAAGAUCGAGCAAAUAUUUGUAAUGGAAAAGCAAUUCUGGGAUUGGGUUACUCCUCUUGCAAAUAGACCUGGCUACGAUCCUGAUGGCUUUGAUGAAAUGAGAGCAACUCCAAUUGAUUGGUAUCCAGUUCUUGAUCAAGCUCCUUACACUCGUCAUAACUCAAAAGUUGACGAAUUAAGUCAAUUAAUGCAAGAAUGCAAAACAAAGCUUAAUAACGCAAAAUUUGCAUUCGGAGACUUAUCAAGAGAUAGAACUAUGGGUGGUGGAUACUCAUAUGAUAUCAUUAGAAGGGAAAUUGAUGAAAAAAUGGAAAAGAUUUUGAGAUAUGAGCCAAUGACGAAAACCUCAACCGAAGAAAGUACUACAGAAAGCUUAAUACCAAAUAUGCCAUUCAAAGAUUUCUCAGAUACAGAACUUACUCGUAUAAUUAGUCAAUCAGAAGAUAAAUGCGAUGAAAUUGCAGCUACAAACUGCCAAAUGAUAUCAGACUUUGCAGCCAAGAUAUGUGAAGAGAUGAACUUAGAAAUGCAUGGCUGGGAAUGCGAGAAAUUCACAAGAAAAAGAGUUCUUGAUGAUGAUUUAGAUAUAGAAAGACCAGCGGAAAAAAUUGCAUUGAGAGCUCCUAAACAGACAAAGGCAACUAAGAUGAUGAAAGCAUCAAGGCCGCCACUGCUUGGAGAUCUUCCUAAGCAAUCAGGUUCUCAUUCUUCUGCAAAGAAACUUGAAUCUGCAAUUCCAAAACCGGCUUCGAAGAAAGCGGCUGCAUCAAAGUUGGCUGCACCUAAGAAGGCUGUUCAGAGAAAGCCAAGAGCAGAAUGGAAUUAUUAA